AUGAAAGAUGAUCCGAAUGAUCCUGUUCCAUUUCAUUAUAAUCGUAAUGAUGAUGAUCCGGAUAAUUAUUUUCCAUUUGAAGAUGAUCGUGAUCGUGAGCGUGAUGAUGAUGAUAGUGAUUCGAAUGAUUGUGAUCGUGAUGAUUAUGGUGAUCCGAAUGAUUGUGUUCUAUUUUAUGGUAAUUAUGAUCAUGAUCGUGAUGAUGAUCCGAAUGAUUGUGAUUGUGAUGAUAAUGAUGAUCCGAAUGAUUGUGAUCGUGAUGAUGAUCCGAAUGAUUGUGAUCAUGAUGAUAAUGAUGAUCCGAAUGAUUGUGAUCGUGAUGAUAAUGAUGAUCCAAAUGAUUGUAAUCGUAAUGAUUAUGGUGAUCCGAAUGAUUGUGUUCUAUUUCAAGGUGAUUGUGAUGAUGAUGAUGAUGAUGAUGUUGUACGUGAUCACGACGAAAAUGAUCAUGUACCCCGACUACCUUAA